UUUCAGCUUGGACUGUACAUAUUAAUUCAAUGUAUUGGCCAACACUAUUCUUAUUUAUUUGUAUACUACUACGACCAAUAGAGUCCUGCAUGAGAAUGGUUCCUCCGGAUGACGUUGGGUUUACUACUGAAGAACCUGCUUUAACCACUGGUUUGACCGAAGCAACUACGGAACCGGUGACUACUGCUACUGAGACUGAAUCUACAACUGUCGCAGGCGACUGUAGAUCGUGCUCAAUUGAUGAAAUCAAGAUACCAGCCGAUGAUGGAGGCAAAAAACUUAUCUCAGGCGAUGUACCAACUGAUCCAACAGAGGACGGCUGUAUUCAACAAAAAGUUGUUUGUCAAGCUCCCGGAGGCACGUUGUGCGAGAGUGUUACAUUAGUGGCAGACACAUCUACAGCUAGUGUUUUUAUCGGACCGGAGGAUGCAUUUAAUUCUGAUGCAACAUUAACGUGCAAUAAAGACGGUACUUGGUCUUCCGGUACAACACGGGACAUCGAACAAAUUUACUGUAUCUUCGUGGAACCAUGCGCUUAAUUUUUUCUGAAAUUAUAAAUAUUUUUGCAUACUCGUAUACAGAUGUUCGCAUAUUUUAAUGAGUUCAAUUUGUAUUCAACAGACUGACCUUUCAUAUAGAAAUCAAUUACCCAAAUGUUCAAAAUACAUAAUUAUAAUAUUUGUAAAACGGUACUCUGUCGCGACUCGCAAGAC